UGGCAGUAGUUCAACAUAUCAGCUACAUUAAAUCCUCAAGAAGAAGAAGUGUCUUCUCCCACAGUCCUCUGGUUGUGAAGUGACCUCUGCAGCUAGUUGUUAGCCUGCUGUAAAACGAUGGCACCUCCAGUUGCAGUGUCGCCCUUGAUUAAGACUGCAAGGUAUUCAGCUUUGAUUGCUGGCAUCAUCUAUGGCAAGAAGAGAUAUGAUUACCUGAAGCCUAUUGCAGCUGAGGAGAGGAGGAUUGAGGAAGAGGAGAAAAAGAUUCGAGAGGAGCAGGAGCGCAUUGCCAAGGAGCUAAGAGAAGCAAGUGAAGAUACUAUUUUGAAGUAAAGCUGGUGUCCCCUAUGAGGAUGUCCAUGUGCAAUUCCCAACCUCUCCCUCCUUUUUCCUGGAGUACUAGCAGCAAAGUCGGGUCCAACCAGUCAAACACACCGUGCUGUGGAUUUAUCACUGUACCCUUGUAUAAUACAACACCUCUCUGGAUUGCCAGAUACAGUGAUUUCAUGUUAGUUACAUGAUAGAAAAUAAAGCUCUUCAACUCAACAUUGUAAUAAUUCAAAUGUUAUUAAGUUCAUAUUUGUAAUGAAACAAUGGAAUAAAUACAGAAGUACAUGAUAA